CCGAGCGGCCGGGGCUGCGGAGCGGCUCGGCUCGCAGGUCCCUGCGGCCACCGCCCGCCCGCUUCCUCCGCCCGCGGCCAGCCCGUCAGUCUCCGCGCGGCGCGCUCCUCCGUCUGGGCCAUGGAUGGUGUUGUUACAGAUCUUAUAGCAGUCGGUUUAAAGCGGGGAUCUGAUGAGCUUCUUUCUUCUGGUGUCGUUAACGGACCGUCUACCAUGAACAAUUCUACUGCAGGUGUGUAUGCUAAUGGGAAUGACAACAAGAAAUUUAAAGGAGAUAGACCACCCUGUUCGCCUUCUCGUGUUCUCCAUCUUCGCAAAAUUCCAUGUGAUGUCACCGAAGCAGAGGUCAUAUCAUUAGGUCUACCAUUUGGCAAAGUAACUAAUCUUUUGAUGUUGAAAGGAAAAAGCCAGGCCUUUUUAGAAAUGGCUUCUGAAGAAGCUGCUGUUACUAUGAUAAAUUAUUACACUCCUGUUACUCCUCAUCUUCGAAGUCAGCCUGUUUAUAUCCAGUAUUCCAAUCACCGAGAACUUAAGACUGACAAUCUGCCUAAUCAGGCUAGAGCCCAAGCUGCACUGCAGGCUGUCAGUGCAGUCCAGUCAGGAAACCUCUCCCUUCCAGGAGCUACUUCUAAUGAAGGCGCAGUGCUACCUGGGCAGAGCCCUGUACUCCGCAUAAUUAUUGAGAACCUGUUUUACCCUGUCACCCUGGAAGUUCUUCAUCAGAUAUUUUCUAAAUUUGGCACAGUCUUGAAGAUUAUCACCUUUACAAAGAACAAUCAGUUUCAAGCCUUGCUUCAGUAUGCUGACCCACUGAAUGCACAUUAUGCCAAAAUGGCUCUGGAUGGCCAGAAUAUCUAUAAUGCAUGCUGCACUCUGCGUAUUGACUUCUCCAAGCUCACCAGCCUUAAUGUGAAAUAUAAUAAUGACAAAAGCAGAGAUUUCACUCGCUUAGACCUUCCUACUGGUGAUGGUCAGCCAUCUCUUGAACCUCCUAUGGCUGCUGCCUUUGGUGCGCCAGGUAUAAUCUCCUCUCCAUAUGCAGGGGCUGCUGGAUUUGCCCCAGCCAUUGGAUUUCCUCAAGCUGCAGGUCUGUCUGUCCCAGCUGUUCCUGGAGCCCUUGGUCCUCUCACACUCACCUCCUCUGCUGUCGGCGGAAGGAUGACCAUUCCUGGGGCAAGUGGCAUACCAGGGAAUUCUGUUCUGCUUGUCACCAACCUCAACCCUGAUUUUAUCACACCACAUGGGCUUUUCAUCCUAUUUGGAGUGUAUGGUGAUGUACAUCGAGUGAAGAUUAUGUUUAACAAGAAAGAAAAUGCCUUGGUGCAGAUGGCCGAUGCGAGUCAAGCUCAGCUAGCAAUGAACCAUCUGAAUGGUCACAGACUUUAUGGAAAAGUACUUCGUGCUACACUGUCUAAACACCAAGCUGUUCAGCUCCCUAGAGAGGGACAAGAAGACCAAGGUUUGACUAAGGACUUCAGCAAUAGUCCCUUGCAUCGCUUUAAAAAGCCAGGCUCAAAGAACUUCCAGAAUAUCUUCCCACCGUCAGCCACUCUACAUCUUUCCAACAUUCCCCCUUCUGUUACAAUGGAUGAUCUGAAGAAGCUGUUCACAGAAGCUGGGUGUUCAGUGAAGGCUUUUAAGUUCUUUCAGAAAGAUCGUAAGAUGGCACUCAUUCAGUUGGGAUCUGUGGAAGAAGCGAUCCAGGCCCUAAUCGAGCUUCACAAUCACGACCUUGGAGAAAAUCAUCACCUCAGAGUUUCCUUUUCAAAAUCCACCAUCUGAUCUUUCUGUGAACUUUUCUCCGUAAACUGGACCAUAAUUUCUGUAAAAAUCUUCAGGCACAGACUAAAGCAGCUCAAGACCAAUUCUGCCUCUUUCACAAAAGUAACUCUUUGGGAGUUUGAUUGGUAUUCAAGUACAUUCAAAGCAAAAGAUACUCCUUUUUUUCCCCCCUCUCCUUUUCCCCACUAGUGUAUGAUCAAAGAUUUGCAUUUUCUUUGUACUACCAUUUCUAUGAAAAUGACUUUCAGGAAAAAAAAAAUCAGGAAAAUAUUUUUUAAGUAAUUUAAUUCCCUGAAUUAGAUUUCAAAAGGACAGACUUCUUUAAGUUUGGGUCCAGAUCAGCCUUACAUGACAUUUCUAAACGCCUUUGUACUUUGGGAAAUUUAAACAUACAGACUUUUACAGUUUCUUGAUGUAAUUUAAAUCAUCUGCAACCAAGUUUUUAACGUUAUGAUUCAGAAGUUUUCCCUGUAGAAAACGAUGUUCACUUAUAAAUUACAUCAGGUAUUUGUAUCUAUUGAUAGUUAUUACACAUAGACACAUGGAGUUAUAUUGGAAACAGGAUUAUAAACACGCAUGCUUUUUUUUUCCCCAAUGAUUUCUCUUUUCCCCACUGUAUGACACUCCUUUGAAUAAUGCAUAUCUUCUCUUGACUAUUUGGAAAAGCAAAGUGUUGCAAUUGUCCCCAGGGAAAUAGAAGUGGAAUUCAUCCUAGAUCUAUUACAAUAUCAGAAUAAUUAGUCAUGUUAGAAAAAAAAAUCAUGCAUUGAAUUUCAAAAUGACAUUUGUCAAGUAAUGUAAUGUGAUCUUGGAAAAUUUUAAAAGAAAUAAUCCUACUUUUUAUAAUUGUUUUCAGAAAAAAAAGUUUACAGUCUUAAGGAAAAAUAUUCAGGUCUAUCAUAUGGUUUGACAGAUUUUUUAAAAGUUAUUUUUGGUAAGGUCUUCUUUUAGAAAAAUAAAUCUCAAGGGUUUUUUGUACCACUAUCUCUAAUACUCAGUAUCUCUAAUACUCAGAAUUACUGUGUAUUUACUUAAUUUCUUAUUAUGUGCCUUAUUAUGUGCUUAAGAUAUAAUAGAUUAGAAGAAAGAUAAAUUGUGGGCUUGGUGAGCAUUCUGUUAUUUCUUUCCCUGUGUUGGAUUUUAAGGGUUUUGGUUGUUUUGUUUUUUUCUUUUUCAUUGCAGUUUUAAAUGAUUUUCAAUAAGUAAUAGUUUCUAUUCAGAUUUUUGGUGCUUUGGCGUAGUGAUGGCUAGAGAAGAGUGAGUGGUUUGGGAAUGACUCCGUGUGCACCCGUAGGCCUCUCUGUCGUGGCUGCUGGUUGCUGCCAGCCGUCCAGUCAAAUCCCACUGUAGACUGAAGCCUCAGUUUUGUAUCUGUCUAACCUUUACUGCCUGAUACGAUUUGUCUCAGGAUUACUUGAUUCUUUCUCGGCACUCAAGUGAGAACUUGAUUUUCUUUGUUAACGAACUUCAUUACUGAAUGCCCACAUAUUUGGAGUAUGAGAAAGUGGGUUAUUUUUUAUACUCUGACCCUCUUACUUUUUUGGUUGAAUGUAAAAGUACAUGUUACUGUUGCUUCAGUGAUUGUAUCUUGUAAAAUUGCUUCUUUUUAAUAUGAAACUGCAUUUGUUAAUUAUUCCUUCAAUGCUUGAUCAGUUUUUGAAAUACAGAAUUUGUCAGAGGGAUCAAUUUUGUCUGCCCCUUUUCACUUUUAAUAUUCUCAGAGUGGAUCAUCUCAUCUUUUAUUUCAGUUUUUACUUUCAGCUGUUAAUUUGAACAUUUUUUUAAGAAAGAAAGAAAAUUUUAUAGAAACAUGGAAGCUGAAAGAGAUAAUUACAGGUUGUUUAAUCAAAUCAGAAUUCCAUCAGCGCGAAGCAGCUGUGGGUAGAGUGCAGGGAGACUCGAGGUUGGCGGGGAGAGCCGAGAGGGCACACCCUUAGUGUUGGCUGAGUGGACAGCUGUGGGAAUUCUCCUGUGAGUUGCCCAGUAUUUAAGGUGUAUUUUCACCGGAAUAAGGGAGGAGAAAAAUUGAGAUGAUCUUCCCAAAUUUGCUUCUUUUUUUCUUUUCACACAGACACUAUAUUAGUUUUCAGUGGUGUUUUAAAUUGGAUUGCUUCUCUUCUUUUGAGCUGGGAACUACUAUGUAAUUAUUAAUUCACGGCACUCAGAACAUCCAGCAGAAGUGUAGCAGAAGUUAAUGGUAGCAGAAGGGAAAUAUAAUGGUGUUGAAUGUAAUUCUGAAGUAGGGAUGGCCUUUAAAUCUAAGAGAGAACAUUGAAAUCCUUUUCAGGGAUUUAUGUAGAUAUGUGUGUGCGUGUGUGUAUAAAUAAGUGUAUAUACAUACACAUACUCUUUUAAUGUUAUAUAUACAUAUGCACAUUACGUACAUUUUAAUUUAUUGACAAAAUUAACAAAGAUUUGGGAACGUAGGAUAUACUUGCUUUAAAAGAACAUGUUUGAAGCCAUCAGACUGUGUCUAAAAUUAGCAUAUGGAUGCUGUCCGUAUGAGCUCUUUACUGUUUAGAUUACAGAGGUCUACAGUGUUUUUGUUGGCAUAAUUUUUUAAGUAUCAGGGUGGUGGAAAAAUGGAAUCUGUGUAUUUUUAUUUCGGCAUGCACUUAUUUGGUAUCUUUUAAGCAAUGGUUUAUUUUUGCUGUUGAUCUGUGAUAUUGCCUUGCUGAGUUAAUUUUACUUUAUUUUGAGGAGUGUUAUCAUACCACUUUUCAAGGUAUCCUUACUUUUACAAAGAUGUAUGUUCAGGACUUAAAAUAGCAGUACACAUUUAAUAUAGCGCUAUAUAGCAAGAUGUUUUACUUUGGGAUUUAGAUAAUUCACAUACUGGUAAAAUGUGUUUUGUGACAGAUGAGAAUAGACAAAUCAUACAGUCUUUUUAUUGACAAUUUGCUAGAGGUUCAGGAUUAUGUGGUAUCCCCACAGAAUGUCAUGAUAUCUUUGGGACUAAAUAUUAGAAGCAGCUCUUUGUAGCAGUGUUUGAACUGAUUGUUUUAGAGUCACAGUUUCUGUAUUUUUAAUUCCUUCUUUGUCUUUACCUGCUGUGGUGAUUAAGGGUCCUGUUGCAGUUUAGGAAUUAGCCCUUAAGAGCCACCAAAAUAAAUGCUCUGCCUGAUGUAGCAAGGCUAGCAUGAGACUUGUUCUGCAGUCUAAGAUCACAACCAUCAGCCUCCUUCGGUACUACAUUUAUUUCAGUAUAUUAUCAUGCAGUUUUUUUUUUUUGUCUAGUCCCAUUAAAUAUUUUUCAACAAAAAAUGGCAAACUCAGAAAUAAUGAUUUUUUUUUGUGCCUCAGUGAAUCCACUUGUAAACUUCAAGCUUAUCUCUUAGAGAACCCAGUGUGUACUGCUAUUUUUACAACCAAAAAGCAUGACUAUGAUUGGAGCAUUUUUCUCAACCUUUUCUUUGUCUUAAUCUAUUGUCAAUGCGAAUAAAACUGCCAGACUUAAACUAUUUCACUGUUGUGCUAAAACAAAUACAAUUUAGAUUGUACAUAAUUUUACAGUGUAACUCAGCUAUCUUUUUAAGAAUUGUAUUAGGUAUAAGACUGCUUGCAGUCUUUUUUCAGAGCAAAUCCUAACAGGUACUUGUGAAUUAAAAAAGAAAAUCGCAGAAAUGUUAACGGGGGGGAGGGGGGGUCGUUGCUUAAUGGGAGAAAAGCAAAACAGGACCAAAGUUUAUGUGCCUUCUUCAGUAGUCUUAAUUGAUCUUUUCUUCCUAUUUGAGACUAAGGUAGCAUUGGUUAUAUAGUGUAAGAGAUUGUUGUCCCACAGACUAGACAUAUAAGCAAAUAGUUAUAACUGAAUAAACAAAAUCUCAGUUGCACUUUGCCUUCAGCACAUAAUGCAGAGCAUUGUACCUGUUCAAGAACAGAACUGCUCUCAGGCUUUAUGGUAGUCACCUUAGCUUUUACAGCCUGAGGCACAUGUUCCAGAGACCAGAGACUUUGGUGAUGAUAGCAGUCAGGACUGAAAGCUGCUUAUGGCAAACUUCACCUAACACUGUCAACAGAAUUAUGUUGUUAUGUUCUUUGUAGUAGUUGUAAGAACAGGUAUUUUAAGUAGUUUUUUUUUUUUAAUUUUGCUGUCAUUAAGACUAUCAUACUCUAGUCUGUUUUAUGUGUUUUGUUUUGUUUUAUUUUUUUCUUACCACUCAUUGUUACCCAGAUCUUUAAAAACACAUCCCAUCUCCAGGAAGUACUAAUUACAAAGAUUGCUGACCACACCAAGUUUUACAUUGAAAUUUCACCUCAUUGCUCUGACCAAAGACUGCGUGUUCUAUGAAGCGUUUUCCCAGAGCUCUUUUCUGAAAGAUCCCAUGCAGAGCGGCCUUUUGACUUUUUCUUUUCUAUUGGUGAGUAGACUGCUUAGAGAAAAACGGGAGUUUUACCGUGAACAGAGUGAGACAACAAAGGUGGAUGGUCGUUUUCAGUACUGUAUUUGAGGGGGGGAAUAGCACAGCUAGAGUCUCUAACAUUGUCUAGUGUUUUACGUGGUCUGUUCAUAAAAUUCCCUUUUUCUGUUUUUAAGAAUGUUCAUCUAACUGAAGAAAAUGCUGUAAAUAUUUGUAACAACAUUUUUUUAAACCAGGCCAAAAAGAAAAAAAAAAAAAGGUUUUCGGGAACAAGUUAACAUAUAAAGUGGUUUUAUAUAAAACAGCAAUUGUCUUGUAUAUUUUGAUAAACAGCAGUACCAGAUUUCAUUUGUAAUACAGUUUGUGGUAUUGGAAGAAAAGGAUUCUGUGAUUGUCUAAGUGAAUUAUGUUAUAAAUGCAAAGAGGAGAAAAUAUUAAAAACCAUAUUUUCUAACUGUGUAGUGCAUGGUUAAUUCAAGCCUCUGUACACUACAAUAUUAACCCCGUCUCCCUUCGGGUUGUAUAUUUGAUAACUGUUACUUGGAAUCUCAGUCUCUUUUCCUAACAAGUAUAGCACUGUAGCAUGCCUUUUAAUAAAUGCAAUGGCAUCUGUACUCUCUUAA